UGCUUGAUGUGCUCUCUAAAACCUGCCAAAUCAUUGGUUCAGGAAGAGCAGAGCAAAGUAGUGACCUAAAAGAUGAGUGCCGAGGGGCUUCGGAAGUCGCAGAAGUUGUCUCAUUCAGCGGCUGCUGUGGAGUGCUAAGACGAACGCUUCUCUUCCUGAGUCCUGUAAAACGUCAAUGUUUGUAACAUCCUGCCCUGAAGAAUUUUUAGCUUAACCUCAAACCCUAAGAAGCCCUGCUACUUUGUUCUGAAACUUCCUCCUUCAGGCUUAGUUUGCUGUCUGUGCUCUUUUUUUAAAGAGCAUCUGAGUAGUCGAUUUCUUUACAACUUUAUGAACACUGGUGAUUCCCAUCAUAUUUACUCUAAGUUGUAAAAAAAGCUUUGAAUGCUUUUGUUUUUCAAGUGUGUAAAAUACACAAAAUACACAGACCUUUGCUUGGCUAGUUCUCCAGUGUCAGCUGCACACACAUUUUGAUAUAGGGCACUCAAGCUUAUGAGACGUUUUUGGCAUUUUAGCUUAUUAUUUCCUUAAAGAAGAUGCUUUAAAGGAAUUCCUAAAAGGAAUUUUACAGGUUCUCCUCCCCUAUACUCUGCCUUAGUGAGGCCUCAUGUGGAAUAUCGUGUCCAGUUCUGGACCCUUCAGAUCAAGGAGUUCAGUGUAAAGCUGCUGCAGGCAGUGAACAUCUCCUGUGAGGCCAGGCUGAGGGAGCUGGGGCUUGGAGCUUGAAGCAGAGGAGCCUGAGGACUGUCCUCAGUGCUGUGCUGAAGAUGUGCAGGGCAGUGUCAGGAGAGUACAGCCAGGCUCUGCUAAGGGGCGGUCAGUGACAGAGCAAGGGGCGCUGGGUGGCAGCUGGAGCAGAGCGAGCCAGGGGAACAGAAGGGCAAAUUUUGUCAGUAUGAGGGUGCUGGAGGCUUGGAGCAGGCUGUGCAGAGAGGUUGUGGAGUCUCCUUCUGUGGACACUUUCCAAACCCCUCCUUAGAUGUGUUCUUGUGUGCCCUGCCCUGGGUGCCUCUGCUCUGUCAGGGAGAAUGGACUGGAUGAUCCUUUGAGGUCCCUUUCAACCCCUAAUGUUCUGUGUUUCUAGGAUCUUGGGAAACAAAUACCUGGCUUGCAGUUUGUGGGAGGAAACUGAACGAACAGUUUGAUUUACUUACUGUAAAUUACUUACUGUGAUUUUUCUUUUGGAGUCCAAAAGAAUUGGUACAAAAUGCCUUUAAAAGGAGUGGAUUUUUUGUGUUUCAGGGUUUUUUUGAACUUUCCUAUGUGUAACUGUGGAAGGCUAAGAGACUCUUUGCCACUUGGAACUGCAGUGCUUGAUGCAAGACUGGCAAAUGAUGCUAUAAGGUAGCACACAAGCCAUGCUACAGUACACACUGCAUGCAAGCUUUAUCUCCUGUUUAAACUAUUUAAAGACACUUCUGAAAGCUGCAAUUGGAUGACCAAAUGCUGUUUUUUUUCCUACCCUCCAGUGAAAUUUUGGUUUGGAGGAAGAGAAAUCCUGGAGAAGGAAAAGCAUGGGUGUUUUCUUGAGGCAGAAGUUCAGAUUUUUCCUGGUAUAUACAGAAACAUUCCAGUUGGAAAAGACUCCCAGGAUCAUCAGGUCCUCACGUUGCCCUACAUAUGCAGCAGUGGCUGUGCUACAGCUUUCCUUAAAGUGUUCAGAAUGCAAUGAAUGCCAGGUGAUAGAACAUGGUAGGAAAUUAGGCUAAGAGUUGUGGUGUUUAUUUUUCACUUCAAAUAAGAAUCAAGGAUGCUUACACAGGAUUUCUCAUCCAUCCUGCACUGUGCUUAAUGCCUCUUCACAGAACUUCAUGUCUGAUGUACUGGUUUUUUUUUGUUGACUUUUUUUUUAGCCAACAGCAACAAAUAAGACCAUACCAGAUUCUCUAAAAGGUAGGAAGGACACAGACUGUUCACUUUUUAUGAACUGACUCGCAGGACCUCUGCAAGUUGCUUGUAUUACCCGGGAAGGAUGUGGAUCUGAGCACAAAAUUUGCAGUCUCUGCCCCUAGUUUUACAGCUUUACUGCACACAUCCUCAAAGCAUGCCAGGGUUGCUUGUGUUGAAAUAAAUUGUGAAGGGUCUUCAUCUUGGUGAAUACAUACUUCUGCUUGUCUUUUCAGGAGGAAAUUAAAGUUUAAUGCUGUGGAGCUUUUGGUUAUGGCAGGAUAAAUGUUGCAUUAUAUACACUAGGGAUUUAGAUACCCAGCAAAGUUGUAGGGUUUUUUAAUUCUUGUAUAGUGGUGCAGCUGCACCUUGAUGUGCUUGGUUAUUUCACAGUUACGCAGCUGUUUCAUGAGCUUGUUUCUCAUGCUCUUUGGAAGUGUUUAUUUUCCAAUAAACAUAGUAUUGAUAACACUGAUAUUUCAUUACUGAUAUCAUUGCUCUUCUGUGGAAUUUGGAGUAGGAGUUCUUGUAAGUGUGGAUGCCCUGAGAUUUGUGUGUUUCAUCUCUGCAAAGGAAAAAAAAUGUUUAAAUCAAUAAACUAAUUUCAGCUUAGUUUAACAAGGGUGGAAUUUUUAAAAGCUUAUGUGAGAGGUUUCGAGUGGUUUCUUUUAUUUCUUUGAAGGAAUCUUGUGCCAUAAAGAGGAAGGUCGUUCUAGGAUUCACACUGAGGGACCAACCAGUGAGAACUGCACUCAUGUAAAUGGCAGGACGGGAAGCAGUGUGAAAACUUUGAAAGCCAUUAAGAAGUCCAAGAUUGCUUCUGGGUAAAUGAUGCAGACUAUCAAGUGUGUAGUUGUUGGAGAUGGUGCUGUGGGAAAGACUUGCCUUCUCAUCAGCUAUACCACCAAUGCCUUCCCAGAAGAGUACAUCCCUACUGUAUUUGACAAUUACAGUGCCCAAAUGACUGUUGAUGGCCGGACAGUUAGCCUGAAUCUGUGGGAUACUGCAGGGCAGGAGGAGUAUGACCGCUUGCGCACACUCUCCUACCCUCAGACCAACGUCUUUGUCAUUUGCUUCUCUAUUGGCAGCCCCUCUUCCUAUGCCAACGUCAGGCACAAAUGGCAUCCUGAAGUUUCUCACCAUUGUCCAAAUGUUCCCAUUCUUUUAGUAGGCACCAAAAGAGACUUGAGAAAUGACCUUGAAACAGUUAAAAAGUUGAAAGAGCAAAGCUUGGCUCCCACUACUCCCCAGCAGGGGACUUCGCUGGCUAAACAAAUUGGAGCAGUCAAAUAUUUGGAAUGCUCAGCGUUGAAUCAGGAGGGUGUUCGAGAGGUGUUUGCUGAAGCUGUGCGUGCAGUUCUGUAUCCUGUGACAAAGAAGAACACAAGGAAAUGUGUCUUGUUCUAAUUGCCUUGGGUGAUGGAUGUUCAAGGUCGAAUAUUGCCUAGCGUCUUGGAGGGCUCUUGAAUGAGUUAAAUUGAAAAUUUGCAUCUUGCACUAACAGCUCUAAGCAGAAAUGGUUUAUGCAGUGAGUAUUCUUGCAGUCUUACUGCUUCAGGGAAACAAAACUUUUUUUUUUCUUCCUUUUUUUCUUUUUCCCCAACUGAGAGGUCAAAUACCUACUUUAUUUCUUAAGUUCCAGUCUCCAGCUUCUCCAGGGAUUGUCUUUAUUUAGUGGAGCAAAAUAAAAGGGACUUCUUUGAAGCCAGGCUUCUUUACUAGAUAGCCAUCAGUUACUAGAUUUGCUGAAAAGCACAAACUCUGAUAACUUUGCUUUAAGCUUAGCUGCUACUUUUCUCAUCCCUUAUUUACUGACUGAAUUUGUUUUACCAACAAAAGUUUGGCUGUCCAUCUGUUUUAAUUUGCCAAUUUGAAGCUUGAAAACAAUUUGUUUACGUGCAUAAAUGCCUGAAAUAUUACUGAGAUUCACCUUAGAGUGAAGUGUGGUCAUUUAUAUCAAGAGUUAGUGUAAGGCAUGUUUAAUGCAACAAGCAAGACCCAGGGAACACUUGCAGCAAUUUUAUUAGUUAUUUUUAGGAGCUGAUUCCUCCUAAUAUAAGUAACUUAGCCUAAUGAUGAAUCACUCAAAUGAGUGAUUUUCAUACUUUUGGAUCAGAGAGGUGGAAGAGUAGUUUAGAUACAAGUCUUUUGUAAUCUUACUAAACUGAGUUUUUGUUUCACUCUCCAGACAGACUUUGCACCCUGAGAAUAAAGUGAACAGUUACCUCACGCUGACUGAGGUAGCUGGAACAACACUUUGCAAAACGAGUUUUUUUUUCAUUGUGAUCCCUUCUCGUGAAUCUCCGAGACCUGAUAGCAACCUGUUUACUCUUGAGGAGUUAACUCUUUCACUGCUUAAUGUUCUUGGGGCCACUGAGAUUUUUAUGGCAAAUUCCUUUUGUUGUUUUUCUGGGAGAAUACUGACAGAAAAUGUAGAGGUUCUGUUUACAGGAAUCGUUGUUUCUUCCUGGCAACUCAGUGAUGGUUUCGGUCACAUUUGCAAUGGUUGGACAGUCACUGGAUGGGUUUGCCUGGGCAGUUUUCUCCUCUGCUAGGUGAUAAGUUGUUAUAAACUCCUUUAACUGAAGUUCUAUUGACAUUCUUUUAAAGUUUCUUUAUCAGCUCUGUGGUAGCUGUUUUUUGUUUUCAGGAUAUGCAGUUUAUUAUGUGUGAUUCUGGGACCAGCUGAGGAGUGGAUGCAUGGCACUUCCCUUAGACUUAACCUUACAGCUUGGUUUUAUAAAAGCAGCAUGCUUCAAAGAUACUUUGUGUGAAACCAAUGGUGCUGGACUGAGCUUUGUUGUCUGAAGUUGACAGUGCUGUCUUUGUCCAGAUGCAGCCUCAAUUGGUAAUUCAGAACUUGCUUUCUGGUGAUUCUCAUACAUGCAAAAGUGCCACUGGUGUAUACCUUGGGAAGAAAAAAAAACUCGUUUUAGCAAGAUAACAGGAAAAUGUACAACCGUGGUUAUUAGGGGGCUUGUGUUAAUUUGACCUUGCAAACAUCCCAGAUGCAUACAAAGGUUGGUAUUUGUGCCCUGAUUCCCCUCUCUGAGGAGGACAGUGCCUUCCUUCACUGCUGCUGACAGUUCUUGUGCACCCGAGGCAUUGUGCUCGUACUGAUAGAGGCUUUGGCAAACUGCAGUCUAUAGAUGCUGAACUGCAGUUGAUCCAAAUCUUGGUGUAUGUGGCUAGUGAAGCAGCAGAGCUCCAGGCACUGCCUGGCUGCAGGGGACAGCAGGAUGCCUGCUGAGUACGGUGUUUGCAGGAGUCUUUGAGACUGCCUCUCUUUCUUCACCAAGUGCCAUUGCUUGCAGUGUCUUUGCAUCAUUUGCACUCAAGAAAUUCUCUUCCAGAUAUGGCUCCUGCCACACUGCUCUGCAGACUGGCAGGGUGUAAGAGUAUUUCAUUGAGGUAACCUCUACUUGCCUCUGUUCUGCCUCUAGUGUAGCCUCGACUUGCAGGAAGCAACUAAUUCUGUGCCUUGUAACUCAAGAUUAUUUUAGGUAAAUUUCUGUAACUGAGCAAAUAGAAUUUAUCACGUUUAAAAUGUAUUUAUUUAAGCCAGUGCACACAGGGUUUGUUUAGUGCUGGUCAGGCCUAAAUCAGCUGUCUAGUUACCCUGGUGCAUGACCAUAACCUUUGCUUCAUUCAGAGAUGUAUUUUAAGGAGUUUGUGAUAUGUUUAAUCUGCUUUUAAAUAGACUUUUAAUUUCAACAACAGGCACCUCUUUUUUUUUUUUUUUGUUUUCCUACAUGUUUGCAAUUCCAUACUGGAGCUACUACUGUUUGAAAGGAUUACAUGCUGAAAUCUUUUAGUAUUGCAUAUUUUGUGAUUAUUCCUAACUGGAUAACAAUGAUUUUUUUGAGAUGAAAUCCUGUGAUCAGGUGUUAUUGCACACACCUCCUCCCCCUGUUUCUCUAGGCUUACAGAUCAGGUGAUAACUGGAAUAGAGUAUGGUGAGAUAAAAUUCAACUACUUAAUCAAUUUAAUUUAAUUGAUUGAUUACAUUAUACUAGAACACUUUAUCCUCAUCUGGAGUACUAAAUGGAUUGCACAACAGUACUGAGGAGAGUACCACAACAGUGAUGAAAAUGAGUGAACUUUGAGCACCAUCAAAAGCUUUUUACUGACUUUGGAGUACCUCAUUUAUAGUCAUGUAGAUGACUUUCUGUCACUUCUGUGCCAGGAGCGAAAGUCCUGCCAGCUGGUUUCCUUCAGCCUCUUUUUCAUGGGAAUGAGCUUCAGGAGCAUGUGGAUCCAACAAGCAUUUCCAUGCAGUGAUCAUUCUCAGUUUGAUCUUCCUUUCCCUUUUUAGGUCACGGUUCAUUCUGGUGUAAGUAGGCCAGGUCUAAAAUUCAUUUCAUUCCUCCCACUUUUUGUUUUUUCUCCAUGGACAGGAAACAAAUGUGGACUUCACCCAGUCUCAAAGCUGGAUGUUGUCAGUUUUCAGGAGAUCAGAAAAUAGGGUUAAGCUCUGUGGUUUUCCUGAACUGUUCAAGAUUCCUCAAGCUUUUGACUGAGUAGAAAUGUCUUAAUUCACAGAAUAGACUCUUUGAGGAAGGUCUCUAUGAAAAGACUGAUUUUUGUGUUUUGGAUGACUUCUGAAAUACUUGUGUCAUGCUUGGUUGUUUAUUUUUUAAUGUACUGAUGCCAUUCACAGGUGAGCCGCUCAAGAGUUCUGUGUUCAAGGACGCUAGGCAUGCUUAGCUGUGUUAAGUGCUUUCUCCAGUUUAGAGCUGUAGCUAUCUCUAUGAAAUUUGAACUGCAAGAGCCUCACCAUGCUUUGUCUCUGAGUGCUAAAACUCGCUCUGUAGAAACCUCGGUGCUGCUUGGGCUGACCCUGAGGAGUGGAUGGGCUUCACGGGGAGUCCUCACCACCUUGGUAAGCUGCGAGAUGCCGCUGUCAGCAGUGGAAGACCAAGAGUCUGAAGUGUGGUACUGAUACAUACACUGGCAACUUGAUUUUGUACUAUUAAAGAAUUUGUAUUACAGCUAACAACUUUAAAGGAUUUUUUUUAAAUUAUAUGGAACUGAGUUACAAUAAACCUUUGCUCUCUUCUGAUUCUCUCCA